GAGAAACUGAUGUCACGCCACGCAUUCAUAAGUAGGAUUCUUAGAGAAAGAGAAGCUUUGUUGGCAACAGAGGUAAAGACAUUGCUCAAGGUUGACGGUUUUAUGGUUGUACCGUAACUCAGUAGCCUAACUUCUUGAAGGAAAAUUGCGGCAUAUUUGAUUCCCUCUGCGUCAGGACCACCGGAGACUCGCUUCCUGUUGACGUACAGACGUAUGAACGUCCCGAAGGAAGACCACAAAUGAGUCCGCCCUAGAAGGAGGCUGUAGCUCUCUGCCCCUCGGUAAACAAUACCGAGAGUGUUGAAUCACACUUUAAAUAUUGCUCAUAAAGUUUUGCGGCGGGUUUACUUUCUGAGACGACAGCACUAGUAACGUCAAACGUCUGUUGUCGAACAGUUUCUGUCUCAUUGUAUGCUUUCACGGCACUUUCGCUCGCUUGUGUUCGAGAGGGGCUCGAGUUACCGGAGAGGUUCAGGCAGUUCACUGCAGUGGGGAGAGUUCCAUGGCCGAGGCGCGGUGCGGACAAGAGCAGAAUAUGCGGGACGCUCGGGAUUCGGGUGGUGGAAGGAGGCACCCUCGAUCAAACUCAUCGGCAGAGAGAAAUAAACCUGACCAGCAGCCUUCCAGCCAAGGAGCUCUUUCCUCCAUCCGGGCUGCUAUCAUGAGGACCUCUAGAAGCACAUCUCAGGAACAGCAAAGAGAGAGACGAAGCCACAGGAGGCCACAGAUCACCAUCCUCUCCGCAGAGCCAAUGCCUCCUGCCUGGUACCCAGCGGCCCCUCCCCCAUCAGCAGUGCAGGUUCCUCCCCCCUCUUAUGAACAGGUGCUGAGAGAGAAGAGUCACGAGCAGCAGCAGCAGCUUGUCGUUCCCUCUCCUUCUCCGAGUCCUGUCACCACCUCAUCCCUCGCUCCAUCUCCCUCUCCCUCUCCCUCUCCAUGCCCCACUCCAUCACGCUCCACCAUCGCAACGCAGACUGAUGUGCCACCCUCCCCCCCACCCAUCCCUCCACCACCCACUGCAGUAGACAACCCAGCUACCAGACCAGCCCUCAGAAGACCUCCGAGGCCACCCAAGCCGCCCUGCCCCCCAAAAGCAGACGUAGACCCACUCACACACACCCCUCCACACACACCCACAGAUCGGCCGCUAGAGGAGCCGGUCCGUCCCAGGCCUCGACCCCGCUCAAGAGCCGGCCUGCGGCCAAUGAGCGAAGAGGUUGCUGGCUCUCCGCCAAUCAGCAGCGAGAGUUCCAUGACACAGCCAAUCAACAGUUGCAUGCCUAAGUCCCGGUCCCUAAACAGUGAGAUAGUUGUUGCCCAGCCUAUCAGCAGCGAAAGAGCCGUGCCUCCAACGAAUGGGAGUGAGCAUGCAGAGACCAACCCAAGCAACCAAUCAGAGAGUGUGUGUGGUCAGAGCGAGGGUGUGUGUUUGGGGGCGGAGAGUGUGUGCGUCGGUGGUCAGUAUCUGCAGGACCUCUUGGAUGUUUUCGGACCCGACGCCGGUGACCACUGCGGACGAAUGGGUGAGGGUGGGGAGGAAGAGGACAGAGGGGCCAGCAGCAGCACUGGGACCAGUCCCCGACCACAGCCCAAGCCCCGCAGGAGAACACAGUCAUACACACCCACGCAGACACACACUCCCACGCAGACACACACACCCACGCAGACACACACACCCACGCAGACACACACUCCCACGCAGACACACACUCCCACGCAGACACACACACCCACGCAGACACACACCCAAGCCUCUGUGUCAGGCUCUCCUCCUCCCCCUCAGCCCCAGCCCCGCAGGAGGAGCCUAUCAACAGCCACCAACACACCCCAGAGCAGUGCUCAAGACUCCGACGACAAGGGCCAGAUAAAUCCAGUCCACACUGGACCAGGGAUGCUUCCUCGAUUUCUUCCAGUGCGUCCUCCACCCAUCAAGCUAGCCAAACCGCCGGAUCUGAUUGGUUCUGGUCGAGUCUCAGCCAAUCAGCAGCAGGGUCAAAGAGUUCCGAAGAGAGGACCCCCGCUACCACCUCGUCCAAAACCAGGACACCCCCUCUACAAGAGCUCACAGAAAGAAGACAUCAAUUUGAUGGACUUAACUGACACAUUGGCAGACAUGGAUACCCAUUCUGCUGUAGGCACACAUGCAGCUGUGUGUCCAGACACAUCCAUGGACGUAAACACACUCACGGAUGUGCACACUCCAGUGAACAUGCCUGUGAACGCAAGCACACACACACACAUCCACACAGAUCCACACACACACAACAGUGAAGAGGCAGGAGACUCUGAUGAGACGUCACUAGAGAUCCCUCUACCCCAGUCUUAUUCCAUCAUACUCUCGGAGAAAUCCACCACUCAAGCUUUGUGCUGCGUGGCUAUUUUUGCUUUCCGUGGGGAGAAGGAUGAGCUGUCGUUCUCUGAGGGCGAUGUCAUCACGUUGACAGAUUAUGUAAAUGACGAGUGGGGACGCGGUUAUUUGAAGGGACAUUCCGGAAUAUUCCCCCUGUGCUUUACCUCCUCACCGCAGCCGCAUUCCAUGCUUCAGAACGCAGAGGCAGGCCCAGACUGAACAAAAGGACGUGCUCUUGCUGAGUGAGUGUGUUUGCCUGUCUGCAUGUGGGGGGAGUUGUCCGUGUACUAUUGGAUGAUGCUGAUUGGUCUCACAGCUCAACAGAACUCACUACCAUUGGUCAGCAUCACUGUUGUGUGUUACUGUAUGGGUGUCACUUACUGUCCAGAACCUUUCAAUUUAUUUCAAUACAAUUACAAAUAACAGACUUACAUUGCACUCAUUUAACUGGGAGAAGUAUCAGUACUGUAUCUUUAACGCAAGCACACACACAUACAUUUUAUCAUUGCUAUAUGUUUUGGUAGCAGUAACGAGAGAUUGCUGUGGCAUCUCGAACUUUUAACCAAAUAAAAUACUUUUUUUAUUCAUUA